AAUUGAAGCCCCUUUUGGCAGCUUUUUACAGCUGCAUGUAGUUUUGGAUACAUCUCUACAAUCUUUGCACAUCUGGAUUUGGGAAGUUUAUCUCAUUCUUAAUCUUCAUAAACUCAGUCAGAUUAAAUCUGUCAGAAAUAUAUGAACUGACAUCUUCAGUCUUUCCACAGAUUUUCAAUGGGGUUAAAGUCUUAAAUUUGACUGGGCCACUCAAGGACAUUCCAGUAUGCUUCAGAGAAAUUGUUGGAGCGUACACGAGCUCGCAGGGAAAAUCUUCAGAAAAAGAUGGCAGAGAGGCCCACAGCAGCCAACCGCCAAAUGGCGAAGAGAUCAAGAGAGCCACUUGCAGAAACAAAUAGUAUCAUGAGUCAGCCACCUGCUGACAAAGUUCUACCCUCGUCCAAACCAUCUCCUUCUAAACGUCGUUGUUCAGAGGAGAAUGCCUGUUUGACUGGGGAAGAAAACAAGGACCCAGUUACCCUUGGUGCCCAAGGCUUAGAACCCAUAACAGACAAGAAGCCCCCCAUUGCACCAAGCAGUAUUUGCUCUACCACAGUGGAAGAAAUGCCUGUCCAUUCCAGCUUACCUCCAGAGAUGGUGGCACGUCCCUCACAAGCAGUAGCAGGAUGCACAGAUAGCAUGAUGAAAAGUUCUAUUAUUAAUGAAGGCAGAGAAAUAGUUAAAGAUGCUCCUACUUCCAUUCCAACUGCCAACAACAUGAGAUCUCGGCUGCAGAGGCUUGUUGCACAGAGACAGUACUGGGACUCAGAUGACAGCAAUUCACUGGUCCCAGAUACAGUAGCUCUUUCCCCUCCUAAAUCCCAAAGAGUGGAAGUUGCUACGAAUCCAGCUCCAGCCCUCACAUCUGAGGCCCCCAUAGGCAGGAAAGGCAGACUGGCAAACCUUGCUGCUACAAUCUGCUCCUGGGAAGAUGAUUCUGACCCCCCGCCUACUUGCAGAAACAAUGCACAAGGGCAGCCUGGCACAGCUGGUGUGACUCGGCCAACCCAUGUUGACACGAACAUUAGUGUCAAAGGGAGUGCUGCUGCACAACAGUGUGCACCAAAGUUUGUCCAUUCGGUUGCUAGCAAGCCUGUACACAGCACUCGGCAGCUGCCAGUUAAUUCUCCAGUUAAAUCAUCUAGAGUGAUUCCUUCAAGCCCUCCGAAGACUGAUGUUUCUGAGCCCAAACUGGCAAAAGGAUUUUAUUCUCCUGCAUCCAGCCCUGUGAAGAGCUAUUCUAGUCAACAUUGCACUUCAGUCAAGUCAGCUGCAACAGUCCCAUCUUCUCCUCAGAAAACUUCAGGUUUUCAAAGUCCCAUUAAGAAUCAAGCCCCAGGCAAAGAUUUUAGGGCUGGACAAGUAAAUGCUAGUCCUGCAAAAAUUAACUUACCUACCAAGAACCCCUCAACCAUAGUGCCUGCCCCUCAGGCCAGUGAGAAAUUGGACAAGAACGCAAGUCCCACAAAGCAUAGUACUCCAGUUGGACCUGCUGCAGGUGUUAAGUCAUUUUUGGAGCGUUUUGGAGAAAAGUGCCAGGAACGUUAUCAGGGCUCCCCCCUUGCUGGGGUGAGCCAAGGCCGCACAACUACAGUCACACCAUCAUCCACCCACAAAUCAAAACUGCUCCAGGAACGGCUUGCAGUCACCCAGGGAAAUUCCAGCACUGCCAUUCUUACUCAAAAACAGAAAUUGGAACGUGAGGCAGAGUUGGCACAGGUUCGCAAUCGAUUUCAGAAUAACAAGAUGUGGAAAAGUAAAGAGAAUCUUGCAGAGGCCCAGAAGGACAUAGAGUCUAAGCAAGUGGAAUGUCCUGAUGAAAGAUCUAGACCUGUAUUCGAUAUGGAGCACACAGCACCAGUUCCAGCACAAAUUCCAGAAACUCCAAAUUUCACAGAGAAUGAAAAAUCAAACCUGCAACCUGCUUCUUCAAGCCUAUUGAAAAAGGCUGAGCCUUCUUUAGAAAAACUAAAGCAGAUGGAAAAAGAAACAGUGGAGCUAUGUAACGAUGAGGAAAAAGACGAAGAACUAAAGGAAGAACUACAUGAGAUUGAGAUGAAUGUAGAUGGCUCCAUAAACUCUGAGGUUAUCAACGAUCUUUUCGAAGAUAUUUUGGAGGAGGGUGAUGAGGAGGAAGAUGCUCUGAACAUCUCUUCCAUGUCUAUUCUCACCCCGUUGGUGGAAACUGUAGCUGCUGUAGUCAAGAGCCCUGAAAGAAAAGUCAUGACAUCAACUCCAGCUAGCUCAUUUAUUGAAAAGAGGGGGACGCCUGAGAGUGUAUCCAGGCCCUCUAAAUUCCAACGGGUGCGGAUGCUACAUGCUGAAUCUUCUGAAAACAUAGAUGCCAAAGAGGAGGAGCAGAAACUUCCCUACAGCAUUGAUGCAUAUCGAUCAACUAGAGUAAAAGACAUUGAAAGACCUCAGGUGAAACAGGUGAUUGUUAGGAAGGAAGAUGUGUCAAAGAGACUGGAGGAGCCCCAAACUUCAAGUCACAUCAGCAUUAAACAGAAGAUGCAGGUCUUGUCCAGUGAGAUGAACAUGCAGCAGACAGUGAUCCAUCAGGCCAGUCAGGCACUAAACUGCUGUACAGAUGAGGAGCACGGGAAAGGUUCUCAGGUGGAGGCUGAAGCUGAACGACUGCUGCUUAUAGCCACUGAGAAGAGGGUUGCUUUGAAAGCUGAGCUAGAACGACUAAAGGCAGAGGGCCCCGCACAAAAAAAAGUCUCCACCAAAGCCCAGGAGGACAUGGGGUCGCUGGCCUCUAAAGGCUCCAUCACACUGCAGGAGCUUCGUUUACCACUGAAAGCUGACUUUGUUUGUUCUACAGCCAAUAAGCCUGAAUCUGGAAACCAUUACUUCUUUGUGAUGAUUCGAGCUGGAGCUGAGAAUACAGUUGCUACUCCUUUAGCGAGCACCCACAGUGCAAUCAGUGGUGAUGCCUUAUCCUUCUCCACCAAGUUUACACUGCCUCAGGUUUCCAGUGACUUUGAGAUUGAUAUUGAGAUGUAUUAUCUUAUUCAGAAACGUGACUUGUAUUUUGAAAAAAGAAAGAAGCCCACCAAAUCCAAGGCGAUCACUCCUAAAAGAUUCCUUGCUAUCACAAAAAGCAACCUCCAAACACCUGUAAUGGCAAGCCCUGGUGGUCCGAAUGCAGUGCGUACCAGUAAUUUUGUCCUUGUUGGAUCACACAAGCUGACUUUGGCUUCUAUUGGAAAAAACAAAUUUCAGCUUGAAAAGAUGAAAUAUGAAAGCAGUGAGAGUCAGCUUCUCAGUGACAUGUUUCAAAACAAGGUUCCCUUUCUUUGUCCUUUGGAAGGCCACAUCUACCUGAAGAUGCAGUGUGAGGUUGACUCACAUGUGAGGGAAAGGGGCUUUCUGACCAUGUUUGAAGAUGUCAGUGGAUUUGGAGCCUGGCAUAGGAGAUGGUGUGUGCUCUCAGGGUACUGCAUCUCGUAUUGGACUUACCCCGAUGACGAAAAGCGCAAGAAUCCAAUUGGUCGCAUCAACUUGGCUAGCUGUACCAGUCGUAAAGUGGAGCCUGCUAACCGUGAGUUCUGUGCCCGGCCCAAUACCUUUGAGCUUGUUACAGUGAGACCACAGCGGGAUGAUGACAAAGAAACUCUGGUCAGCCAGUGCAAGAACACCAUGUGUGUCACAAAGAACUGGCUUAGUGCAGACACCAAAGAAGAGAGAAAUCUAUGGAUGAAGAAGCUCAAUCAAAUUCUCGUGGAUCUGCGUAUGUGGCAGCCAGACUCAUGUUAUAGGCCAGUGUGACCUUGUGUGGCAGACACAUCAUACUAGGUCACACGUUGACACAAACUGUUUCUUGAGAAGUGCAAUACAUUGUCAAAGUUAGACUGUUUACAGAUCAAUCUGAAAUUUUACAUUAGACUCGUGUCAUGGCGAGUCGGGGGGCUUCAAUUAAACCAUAAUAGAUAUUCAGGUAUUUCAAAGAGGAUUGAUCUUAUGUUUUGUAGUACCCACUAGGGUUGCACAAUGUAACAUAAAUAAAUACUUUCCCAAAGCACAUUUAGCUUUAAAUAGGCUUUGUGUGCCUUCAGGCCAUUCUUGGAAAUUCUAGAAAAAAACUUAAUGUGCUGAUAAAUCAUGGCAUUGGAAUAAAAAUAUAAAACAUGAAUCUUAGUGAAAAUGAUGCAAUCUGAUCUUUAAUUAUGACACCUUAUUGGGUCUCAUUUUGUGUUACAUUGUAAUGUGUAAAAUGUUUGCCAUGUAUAGCAAUAUUAUUGGUGUUUUUUCUAUAUUGUGCAGCCUGGGUUUAUAUUAGAAAAGUUUAGAACAGCUUGAUGGUACUUUUGCCUAAUAUCAAACCAACAAGGUAUUGUGCUAACUAGUAAUCUAAAAAAAACUUACAUUUAUGUUGUUUUCGAUAUCACAUAGGGAUGUUGUGUUCACUAUGUAUUCACUAUGUAUUUACUCUGCAAUUAACAGAGCUACUGCAAUGUAAUCCUCCUGGCAAUGUAAUGUAUAUUUUAGAAACAUAAUAUUCUGGCUGGUUAGUUUUAUUGGUGAGAUUUAACUAAGCAUUUUGCAUAACUGUUAAUGUAUCUACUGUAUUGGAAGUGAGAAUUGUCCUUAAUGGGGGAAUUAUUAUAUGAGCACACAGAUGUCACUGUCCUUUUCAGUUGUCUUCCAUGUAAUCCCAAAAUGCAGGUUGUCUAAAAUGAACUCUUGAAUGAGACAAAUGUGUGUUUUACAUACACAAUUAAUUUGGAAUUCUCAGGAUGUGUUUUGCUAUUUUAAUAUGACUUUGUUUGAUGAUCAAAAGCACACUAAUCAUCUGAGUGGAUCGUUUUUGUUUCUUAUAAGCCAAGAGAUUUUUUAUUUGAAAUAUAUUUACUGGUUGGUGGGGCAACCUCAAAAGUGGUCUCUUAUUUUAUUUAAAAAUAGAAGGUUGACAAGCUGGUUUUGACUUUUAAAAAAAAAAUACAAAAGUAAGGGUGAUGUAGAGAUUUACUUGAUUUAAUUUUUAUUUACAUUAUUAGUUCAGAUUACUUAAGAUGCAGUAUUUAUCAUACCAAGCUUAAGGGCUAUAUUUAAAGUUGUCAGACUUACUACUACCAUUAUGCAAUUCUACUUUAUAUGGUUGCUUUUACCUUGAUAUUUUAUCUGCAGGUGUUUUUAUGCCAGUUUUGUGUGAGGAAUAUAUUGGCAUUUUUUUAGUUAUUGACACGUUAGACAAUGGCUUUUUAAAACCUUCACUUUACACUAGUACUUGUAUUAAUUUGCUUUAAAUACACUCACAGAAGUAUGUAUUUAUCUGCCCUAAUACAAUGUUGUAAUUUACUAAUUAUUACUAGUGGAAAUAUUUACUGAGGCACUUCCAGGAUUAUUGUCCUAGGUUUAAUGCCCUGUUCUAAACACUCCAAAUACAGUGUCUCAUAUGUGGUGCUGACAUUUGAAUAAAAGCCAGCAGCCUUGAGGAAAAAUGA